GUGUAAUUCCUAUAUCAAGCCAUUAGCACAAUUGCAGUACAUUAGUAUCUGGUGAAUCAGGCGGUACAUCGGUCCUAAAAUGCUUCUAUUCUAUAUUUUUACUAUAUUUUGCGUUGGCUUGCAGUUAUGUCAAGCAGAGGCUCCAGUGACUCCACCAGUUCGUUGUGGGCCUAUACCCAGAGCUAUUUUCAGCUGCCUUAACAUGCCCAAGGUGGUAAAACCAGAAAUGGCUGAACAGUGUAAAGAUGUCCAAUCUCCCCAUUGCGCAAGAAUGACAUGCCUUUUUGAGAAAUCCGGUUGGAUGGAUGGCAAAAAUGUAGAUAAAGCGAAGAUAAAGGCCUACCUUGAUGAUUUCGCUAAGCAGAAAGCGGCGUGGUCUGCCCCUAUUGAGAAUGUGAAAGAGACCUGUUUGAGUGGUGAACUACCCGCACAGGGAAUACACCUUGGCUGUCCUGCAUAUGAUGUGAUGCAGUGUGCGCUUGCAAGUUUUAUAAAGAACAGUGAAGCAUCUCAAUGGUCAUCAGCCCCACAUUGCGAGUAUCCUCGUCAAUUCGCAGCGUCUUGUCCCAUCUGCCCGUCUGAUUGCUUUGAACCUCAGAUACCGACUGGAUCUUGCAACGCUUGCCUUUCUUUACCUCGGUCACCAUAAACUGCUGUUAGAGAUAGACUUAUAAACUUUAAUAAUUAUGUAACAAAAAAUAUUUCGUAGUGUGUUCAGGUUAUAUCAUAUUAAAAUUACAUGAAUUGUA